AUGUCAAUUGCAAAUUUUACCCUCCAUUUGCUCACUAGUAGAUGGUACAUGGCAUUUUCUUCUUUAAUGGUACUAUUUAUGUCUGGUGCAACUUUCAUAUUUGGCCUUUAUUCAGGGGAUAUAAAAUCAAAAUUUGGUUAUGAUCAAACAACACUAAAUUUGAUUAGUUUUUUCAAGGAUUUGGGUGGCAAUUUAGCUAUAAUUUCUGGUCUAAUCAUGGAAAUUGUACCACCUAGGGCAAUUUUGGCUAUUGGUGCAAUUUUGAAUUUUUUUGGUUAUUUCAUGAUAUGGUUGGGUGUAACGGGGCGAAUUUCGAAACCCCGUGUAUGGCAAAUGUGUUUGUACAUUUGCAUUGGUGCAAAUUCUCAGUCAUUUGCAAACACUGGAGGAACUGUCACAUGUGUCAAGAACUUCCCCGUUGAUCGAGGCAUAGUGUUAGGCCUAUUAAAAGGCGCGGUUGGCCUAAGUGGCGCGAUCAUGACACAAUUGUACCUUGGUUUUUAUGGUGACAAGAAGGGUGAGUCCUUGAUCUUGUUGGUUGCUUGGUUACCUGUCCUUGUCUCGUGCAUAGUCCUCCCAUCGAUUCGUAUUAUGAAGGUUAUUCAGCAAGAAAAUGAUGUCAAAAUGUUCUUUAAUCUUCUUUUUGUUUCACUUGGACUUGCUAUUUUUCUCUUGAUUAUAAUCAUCAUACAAAAAAAGUUCACUUUUAAUAGGGUUGAGUAUGUUUUAAGUGGUGUUGUUGUUCUAGUUCUAAUAUUCUCACCAUUGGUUUUAGUCAUUAGAGAAGAAUUUAACAUUUGGAAGAGCAAAAAAGGACUAGUCUCUAGUGACAUUUCACAAUUGAACGCGUCAAUUCAAGUGGAAAAUCCUCCUUCAUCGAAAACAAAUUGGAGUUUGUGCUUUAAGAGCGCGUUUAAUCCACCAAAAAGAGGUGAAGAUCACACAAUCUUGCAAGCAUUCUUCAACAUUGACAUGUUGAUUCUAUUUGUAGCUACAACAUUUGGGGUUGGAGGUACAUUAACAUCGAUCGAUAACUUAGGUCAAAUUGGGAAGGCCUUAGGCUAUCCUGACUCAAGCAUCAGUACAUUCGUGUCAUUAGUGAGCAUAUGGAAUUACCUAGGAAGAGUAUCCUCAGGAUUUGCCUCUGAAAUCUUGUUAAGCAAAUACAAUUUUCCACGCCCCUUGAUGGUCACUCUCGUGCUCCUACUCUCGUGCAUUGCCCAUCUUCUCAUUGCAUUUGGUGUUCGAAAUUCACUCUAUGUGUCCUCUGUUCUCAUGGGGUUUUGUUUUGGAGCUCAAUGGCCAUUGAUUUUGUCGAUAAUUUCGGAAUUAUUUGGACUAAAGUACUGUGCCACAUUGUAUAAUUUUGGCUCUGUGGCUAGUCCUAUAGGUGGAUAUAUACUCAAUGUGAGAGUUGCUGGUCAUUUAUAUGAUAAAGAAGCAUUGAAACAAUUAGAAGCUAAGGGAAUUUUCACUAGAAAAAUUGGAGAAGAUUUGAAUUGUAUUGGGGUACAAUGUUAUAAACAAGCAUUUUUAAUAAUUAGUGGUGCUACAUUUGUAGGUAGCAUUGUUUCAUUGAUUUUGGUGUUGAGAACAAGAAAAUUUUAUGCAACUGAUAUAUACAAGAAAUUUAAACAAGAGAGUCAAGUAAUACAAGACACUAUUGUCAGUUCAAGGGAAAAUAAUUGA